UACUGGCUACUGUUAAAUCUGUUACUGGCUACUGUUAAAUCCUUUACUGGCUACUGUUCAAUCUCCUAUUGGCUGCUGUUCAAUCUCUUACUGGCUACUAUUCAAUCACUUACUGGCUACUGUUCAAUCACUUACUGGCUACUAUUCAAUCACUUACUGGCUUCUUUUCAAUCUCUUACUGGCUACUGUUCAAUCACUUACUGGCUACUAUUCAAUCUCUUACUGGCUACUGUUCAAUAUCUUACUGGCUACUGUUCAAUCACUUACUGGCUUCUGUUCAAUCUCUUAAUGGCUACUAUUCAAUCACUUAUUGAUUACUGUUCAGUUCCAAAGCAUAUUUGA